GCACCGCCCCUUUUUGAGCUAGGGUGCCCGGAUGUUGAGGACGGAGAAGGUGCUGCUGCUGCGGGGCCCGCAAGGCCGCCGGUCCGUGCGGGUCGUGCGCGAGCACUACUUGCGGCCCCACGUGCCCUGCGGGAGCGCGCUCUGCCGGGCGGGCUGCCCGAGAGAGGGGAAAUUGCUCUCCGAUGAUGCCACCCACUACGUGGUUCCGGACUGGAAGGCGGUGCAAGACUACCUGGAGAUCCUGGAAUUCCCCGAGAUGAAGGGCCUCGUCUUCAUGCAGACGGCCUGCCAGGCCCUGCAGCACCAGAGGGGACGCAGACAAUACAAUAAACUGCGGAAUUUAGUGAGAGACGCCCGUCACGAUUGCGUUAUGUUUUUUAACGAAUUCCAGCUGUUUUCGUAUUUGCCGAGAGAGAAAGGGGAACCUUUGGAAAAGUGGCAGACCCGGAGCAUCUACAACGCCUGCGUGUGGUACCACAACCACCUUUCGGGACGGAUGCCCAUUGUCAUGGUAACGGACGAUGGGGAUGCCAUCAAGCAGCUCGGAAGCGAGACGGAAGGAGUCUUUGUGAUUUCGUUCAAGGAUUAUCUGGACAACUUCUGGCCCGACCUGAAAGCGGCGCAUGAGCUCCUGGAGUCGGUGCAGCAGUCGCGGCGCGAGAGCGAAGGCCAGGAGGGCGGCCGGAAGGAGUACGCGGAGCACGUCCCUCCGGAAGCCCUGGGCGCCGGGAUCAAGUCCGGACGGUUCUUGCAGGGAGUCCUGAACGUGAACAAGCACCGGGCGCAAGUGGAAGCCUUUGUGCGGCUUCAGGGGUCCGGCAACAAGGAGAAAGACCUCACCACCGACGUCCUCAUCCACGGCACCAGAGCGCGCAACAGGGCCAUCCACGGAGACGUGGUCGCCGUCGAGUUGCUGCCCCGGAGCGAGUGGAAGGGCCGGACGGCCGCCCUCUGCGAGAACGAGGCCGAGGACAAGGCCGCCGGGGAGGCCGCCGGGGAGCCCAUGCCCACAGGGAGGGUCGUGGGGCUCCUGCAGAAGAACUGGCGCGACUUCGUGGCCACGUUCCCUUCCCAGGAGGAGAGCCAGUCUCACGGCAAGGCCGCGCAGAAGGUCCUGGUCACGCCGUGGGAUUACCGGAUCCCCAAGAUCCGGAUCAGCACGCAUCAGGCCGAGGCCCUGCAGGACUUCCGCGUGGUCGUGCGCAUCGAUUCCUGGGAGUCCACGUCCCUGUAUCCCAACGGGCAUUUCGUGCGGGUUCUGGGGCGGAUCGGAGACCUCGAGAGCGAGAUCCAAACCAUCCUGGUGGAAAACAGCAUCUCCGUGAAGCCCUUCUCCGAAGCGCAGAUGUGCGAGAUGCCGCCGGUCGUCCCCGACACGCCGUGGGAAGUGUGUCCGGAGGAAGAGCGGAGGCGCACGGACCUGCGCGACACGCACUUGGUGUUCAGCAUCGAUCCGGAAGGCUGCGAAGACGUGGACGACGCGCUCUCAAUCCGGGAACUGCCCAACGGGGACUUGGAGCUGGGCGUCCACAUCGCCGACGUCACGCACUUCGUGGCCGCGGGUUCUUACACGGACAUCGAGGCCAGAGCCAGGGCCACCACUUACUAUCUAGCUGACCGGCGUUACGACAUGCUGCCCGCCGUCCUGAGUGCCAAUCUGUGCUCCCUUCUUGGGAACGUUGACAGGUACGCGGUGAGUGUCCUGUGGGAGCUGGACGGAGCCUCCUGUGACAUCAAGCGGGUCUGCUACAAGCGGAGCAUCAUCCGCUCCUCCUUCCAGCUCUCCUACGAGGCGGCCCAGGCGCUGCUGGACGGGGACCGGAGUGUGGCGGAGAGCCUCCCGGAGCUGGCGGGGCUCCCGGAUGGGGCGGCCAGGGCCCGGAAGGCGGAGGAGCUGUGCUGGGCGGUGGGGCGGCUGGCGGAGGUGGCGCGGCGCAUGCGGGCCCGGCGGGACCUCCUGGGGGCCCUGGAGCUGGAAGGGGUGGAGGUCCGGGUGCAGCUGGACGCCCAGAAGAACAUCGGGGACCUGGUCCCGCGGCAGCCGCUGGAGGCCCACGAGGUGGUGGCCGAGUGCAUGAUCCUGGCCAACCACUGGGUGGCCAAAGAGGUCUGCGGCCGCUUCCCCCACCGGGCCCUCCUGCGCCAGCACCCCCCACCACGGCAGGAGUUCUUCGCUGAGCUCCGCCAGUGCGCCGCCGCCAAGGGCUUCGCCAUGGACACCCGGUCGAACAAGGCCUUGGCGGAGUCCCUGGACCGGGCAGACGACCCCUCCGACCCCCUUGUGAACCGGAUCCUGAGGUCGAUGGCCACCCAGGCCAUGUCCAAUGCCGUUUACUUUUCGACCGGCUCCUGCCCCGAAGAAGAGUUUGCUCACUACGGCCUGGCCCUGGAUAAAUACACGCACUUCACGUCCCCCAUCCGGAGGUACGCCGACAUCGUGGUCCACCGGCUGCUGUUGGAGGCAGACCCAGCGGGGCCCAAGGGCGGCGGGCCGGGCAGCACGGAGCUGGAGGAACUCUGCCGGCACAUCAACAGCAGGAACCGGGCCGCCCAGCAUGCGCAGAAGCAGUCCACGGAGCUCUUCCAGUGCAUGUAUUUCAAGGACAAGGGCCCGGAGAGGGAAGAGCCGUGCACCGCGGACGGGGUGGUCUACUCCAUCCGGACCAACGGCGUCCUGGUCUUCGUUCCUCGGUAUGGGAUCAAAGGUGCGGCUUACCUGAGAAACAAGGAGGGGCUGGUCCUCUCUUGCCAGGGAGACGGGGCCUGCGAAUGGAGACCGGGUUCGCUCCAGCGUUUCCCCACCAGAAUCACCUCCACGCCUGCGUCCGGGGAGGGCGUGACGCUGAACCUGUUCGACCACGUGACCGUCAAGAUCUUGGUGCAGACGUCCCGCUGCCACGCCGACACUGUCCGGCUCCAGAUCGCAAGCUGCAGGCCCCUCCAGGCACCGGCCGGAGACCCGCCCCAGAGCUCCCGGGUGUCCAGGACGGAGUUGGUCAGGGAAGUCACCCGGACGGCGGCGGAGGAGGCAGCAGCUCAGUUUGCGCAGGGGAAGUCCCAGGCGAAGAAGGCGGAGGAGGAGGAAGGGUGCGCAGAGUAUCGCCAGACACAGGGCUCGAACCUGUACCGGCUUCUGGAGGAAAUCAAAGACUUGGCUCUGAUGGAUGUCUCUGCAAACAGCGGGGCUUGAAACACACAUUUCAUACCGUUAUCUCAUUUGGCCAACGUUUAAACAUUUUUUUAAAAAAGGCUGGGGGUGACUUGGAAUGUUUUUAGCUGGCUUUGCCCUGUAAUUAUAAUUUAAAACACCAUUUUGUAAAAAAUUGGAAUGACAAUGGGAAGUACUAUAGCGUGGGUGAAGUAAAGAAAACUAAACAUGUGUCUCAGGGAGCAAGUAUUAAAAUGAGUGAGAGGCA